GCCGUCUUUGCUGCUAGCAGAACACAGGCCGCAGUGAUUUGGUAGCCGCUGCAGUAGGAGGAAGGACCGCGGUUCUACCGCUUCUAUCUUUCAGUUUCGCCUCAAAAUUCGCUUGGUGGUUCUUUCUGAUAGCAACCAGUUAAUUAUAUGUACAGUAACGAUCUUCUAUGAGAGCUAAAUCGUAGUAUUACUAACGGACAGUGAUAUCAAUCGCCAUUUUAAUCGCACGUUUUCCCUGUCAGAAGCGCUAGCACAACAAUGGCUCUGAAAAGAAUUCACAAGGAGUUGAACGACUUGGCACGGGACCCACCAGCCCAGUGUUCUGCAGGACCAGUAGGAGAUGACAUGUUUCACUGGCAAGCCACAAUAAUGGGACCUAAUGACAGUCCUUACCAGAGCGGGGUUUUCUUCUUGACCAUACACUUCCCCACAGACUACCCCUUCAAACCGCCAAAGGUUGCAUUUACCACAAGAAUCUACCACCCAAAUAUCAACAGCAACGGCAGCAUCUGUCUUGACAUCCUGCGAUCACAGUGGUCUCCGGCUCUCACCAUCUCCAAAGUUCUCCUGUCCAUCUGCUCUCUGCUGUGCGACCCAAACCCGGACGACCCAUUAGUACCUGAGAUCGCCCGCAUCUACAAGACUGACAGGGAAAAGUACAACAAAAUAGCUCGGGAAUGGACACAAAAGUAUGCAAUGUAGUGUUGGGGGUAGAAACAUGGCCAACCACCUCUACGAUGUAAAGGCUAGGGGAGCUUCAGAUGUAAAGAGAAAACAAACAAAAAAACCAUACAAACAAAUGAAAAGUUUAAACAAGAUCUUGUUGGUUUCCAUUGGAGUGCUUUCUUUGAGCCACGCCUCCCCUUCACCAGAGUACCUGUAAAACUCCCUCUGCCCCACCUCCCCACCUUCUCUCUCCCUCCUCCCCACCUUCUCUCUCUCUCUCCCUCUAUUUGCUCUAUCUUUACCCCUUCCCUCCCUCCGCCCCUCAGUUCACCCACCCCUCCUCUAGUGUACAUAUUGUCAACUUGCAACGGUAAAGCCCAUCUCUCCUUUUUCACCACCUACCAACUCCUCCUCCAUCUCCUGACUUCUGUAUUCCAUUUGUCACCGAGCAGGUUGGGCUGUCACCGAUCCUCCACCCUCCCCUGUUUAUUCCUUACACGCCCGCAUCCUCACCCACCAUCACUAAAAGCAUUCCUUUAAGCACCAGUCAAGCUUUGAGGGGACUUUUUUUUUUUCCCAUUAUCUGCCAGUUUAAUUUUAUUUUUGAGGGGGGAGGGGACAGUAAGAUAGAGGGAUUUUUACACUCUGUACCCUUUCUUGUUUUUGUUGUCCUAAUGAUUUCCAUCUGUAGGGGUGACAUUUCAAGGAAGUAGUCAAAGGGCACUCUGUGUUUUAUACAAGGCUAUGUAACAUGGAAAAAAAUUACACGCAGCCUAUUUUUGGUCUUCUGGUGGAUUCUAUGAAAGGACUUGAAUUUAUCCCCACACCUCCUGCUCCUCAUUCUUCCCUCACCCAAGUUGACCCCUUUGUAUACACACACACACACACACACACAUGCACGCACAACUGUAACCCCCAUGUCACCCUCACCACCACCACCACCGUUUCUUUAUUCACAAAAAGUGGAGGUUCUGGACCAGGUAUUUAAGCAAUUCAUUUUUUUUUCUUAGUUUAACCUGUGUUUUUAUUUCCUACCCCAUAAUUCUUUAGGUUGCUUUUAUCUUUCUUUUUUUUUUUUUUUUUUUUUUUGCUAUUGUUAAAUUAGAGGCUAACAUCUUAAAUGGCUAUGGGACUGGCUUGGGCUCUGGGUGCGAGGAGAACCCACUCUUCUUGCACAAAACCUCUGUAUAUUGAAUUACCUGAGAGGCUCGUUGAGCUUUGUGUGUUGAUUAAACUGUGUAAUAAAAACCUCGACUCCUG